AUGGCAUCGAAAGCUGCCUAUAAGAGGUUAAUGAAAGAAUAUUUAGCGCUUCAAAGGAAUCCUGUAGAGUAUAUUGACGCCAGACCAGCACCAGAAAACAUUUUGGAAUGGCACUAUAUCGUUACGGGUCCUCCAGAUACGCCAUAUGAAGGUGGCCAAUAUCAUGGGACCCUUAUAUUUCCUUCAGAAUACCCUUUUAAGCCUCCAGCAAUACGGAUGAUUACACCCAGUGGCCGGUUCCAAACCAACACUCGUUUAUGUCUAUCAUUUUCUGACUUUCAUCCAAAGUCUUGGAAUCCUGCAUGGAUGGUUUCAACGAUUCUUGUUGGCCUCGUCUCAUUUAUGACCUCUGAUGAAAUAACUACAGGUGGCAUUGUUACACCUGAAUCCACAAGAAAAGCUUAUGCAAAGGAUACAAAACGCUUCAAUUUGAUGAAUAAUCCAAAGUUUGUUGCCGUAUUUCCGGAACUUUUAGAACAAAAUCGGCGAGACAUUAUGGAACAAGCUGCCACAAAUGCAAAGGCAAAUGCCGAAGCAGCUGCUCAAAAAUCAAAUUCCAAUUCGCCGAAGGAAAACUCGAAUGCAUCGAAAAGUAAAGAAGGAAACUGGUUCAAAAGUCAUUGGGGUGUUGUCGUCGUGGUAUUCCUUGCACUAGCAUUAGCUCGCUUUCUUGGAUCAGAAGCCUAA